AUGUUGAAAGAUCUUCGUCACAGCAGGACUUGCGUCGCCUCGGCAGAGAGGGCUAAAUUUGACGUGAGAAAGCUGCUGUCCUCGGCCACGUUCAAGACGGGUGCUGCUGGUCUGCUUGUUGCAGAAGUACCAGAUGAGCCGUUGUUGAGUACACGGGCCGGUGACGUAAUAAUAAACGACGUUUACGUAUUUAAUAUCAUCUGA